AUGAUAAAUACACAUAUAACUCCAGGAAAACUUGUUGCAACUGGUGCUAUUGUGUCAGAACUUCAUUAUGGUCCAUAUUCACGCGACUGGUGGAUUUUUUCAGACGAAAACGCGUUUUAUCCUAUUCCUUUACGACUAGGACUUGAAAUUAUGUUGCAACUCAAUAGACAGCCUUUUAUUAUUCGUAUAGUUCGUCAUGUUCACAGUCCUUUGCAACCAGGUUAUAUUUGUGAAGGGAAAGGGCAAAGUAGUGGCGUUGUUGAAAGUGCUUCAAAGGCCAUUACUUCUGUUUACCAAUCUGUUUUUGGUACCAAAACGAAAUAUGCUGGACUAUCUUAUUUAGGUUUAGAACAGCUGGAUACAGUUCAAAAGCUAUUAGAAGGAAUUAUAUUUCGUCCUUUUAUUAUUGAGACAGAAAAUAUAUCCAUAUUUGUUGGCUGUCUUGGUAAAAUUCGGUCAAAUACAAAAGUAAUUGGUCAUAAUUAUUCAGCAUCUUUAUUUUACAAGUAUAAAGGAAAGCAAUCAGUCUUUUUUCAAUGUGUAGAUCAAAAUUCAUUCUCAAUUACAAUUUAUCAGAAUAGUCAAAUUAUUGCUGUAUAUAAAGACAUUUCACCUAAUGCUGUAUGGCGUAAAACUGGAAUUCUAAAAUCAAUCUCAGGUGAUACAUUAUUUGCGAUGAAUCAUACUAUAACUUUACAAAAAUUAGGGCAAGCAGUUCUUUUAUUACAAGUAUCUAUGCCUAAUGAAUGCACGCUAGCAGAUUGGCAUGAUAAAACAAUUAUGGAACAUUUGUUUAAAUUUCAUUUAAAAAAAGUAGCUAGUGGGUCAGUUGAAGAAUGGCAUCAAGUGUUUCAGAAUUGGGCACAGCAAAAAAGUAAUAUAAUUGAACUAUUUACUCAUAUUGGCAAAAUAUAUAAUUCAAGUCAUGAGUUUCAUGAACGUGAAUUGCGAGGAUGGCGUGCAAUGUUUCGUGCUGCAGGAUGCACAAAUAUUACUCCACGCGAGAAAGAAAUUUCUAAUGUUGAAUUUUGGACAAAUGCGACUAAUCCUGAAAAAGAUCGUGAAACAAUUGCUAAUUUAUAUGUGGGAGGAUUUCUGAAUAUAACUAUACCUUCUCCAGCUGAUGUAUUUUGGAAUUGCUUUCGUGAUAGUUAUAAUGUAAAUCCUAAUGGAACAGAUGGCAAAAUACAUUGCAGAAACCCAUGAUUUGUUACCAUGCAGUUAAGUGAUCGCCAAUAAAUCCCGACGAUUUAGUAUCAGACACGUGACUAUCGUGGUGUCGGACUAUCUCG